AUGCUGGAUACGACUGGCACUGCAGAUUGCGAGCAGACUCUGAAAAUGUUUCCCGAGGAUGAUUUGCGAGCUGAGAUCAAUCGCCCAGUCUCUGGUGUUCCCUAUGUGUUCACUGGUCACGCUGACUGGGCAGCGGGCACUCUGGCCGUGGGGUUUCAGACUCUGGUUUGA